AUGGCUCACACCACAAGAGAAAACGUCGAGAUCUUGGUUCACACAUCAGCACCAAGUCGAGGCCAAGAUGAUACCCGAUACAGAGCAUUCGCAAGAGCUUAUUUGAAUUUCGAGCCUGCAACAUAUCUACAACUACAAGAUGAGCCUCAAGCCAGCGUUGCAAAUGACGAAGGGCCAGAGGUGCAGAUUGAAGAGGAACUGCACCAUGCGACGCAGCAAUACGACGAAAAUGCGUCUUAUUGCCCACCAACCCAAGAACCAGAGACGAAUCUAGGGGCAUACCGUGAGAUCGCCGACGAGGAAUUAUCCGAUCUCAUCUACUCACCUCAACUCUCCUUUCAAAGUGUUCUGGAUAAUCGAAAUUCUCCGAGGUUUCGCACUCGAAGCAGGGCUGCAGUGAGCUUGGGAAUGCAAUCUGGACAGGAAAUACCGGGGCAGAGUCAGGUUGGUUCGGAAGUGCACUCUGUAGAGGAAACACCUUGGCGGACUCAGUUUAUAGAUUCAGUUCCAGCUCAAACACAAGCAUCGAGUAUAGUCGAAGACUUUCUGCCUGAGAAUGACAGACUCCUUGCCCAAUUUUCAUCGCCAACGCGGAUUUUGGAGCUACAUGAACAGCAAGGGGAAAGCACACAAGACUCUCCUGUAUCUUCGGGACAGGCCGCUAAUACUUCAAAUCGACGAACAAGUCAGAGAAUGGAGAAGGAGAUAUUAGCGGAUUUUACGAAUGAAGACUUAAAUUUGAGCGAAUUUUCGAAUAAGAGGUCGAUAUCUGGUAUACCGGAAAGAUUAGAAACAUCUAGCUCGUUGCCCCAACAUGCGAACAGCAAGCGACGGCGGGUCGAUUUUCCGUCGUCAGUAGACAAGAGUCCCAAAAGUCCCAAGAGGGUUAAGCUGUUAAUAUCCGAUACCACUGCUGAGGCAUCUUCCAGAUCUCUUCCUUUAUCACAGACACGUGCUACAUCUAUAGCCCGCGAUGCGCCGGUUAUUUCAGGCACCAUAGCUCCCAUGUCAAGCUUGGUUUCUUCAAAGUCUUUGGCAACAUGCAUCAUUCCUUCAUUUAUACCCCAAACUUCGUCCUGCGAUCUCACGCCAGCUAAUCUUGUUACGACUUCACUAGGACGUCUUGUUUCAAUUCACCAACUACGAGCAGUUUACAAGCCUACUUUGCAGAUCAGACCUUGUCGCCCUUUUGAGCGCGGAUAUUGGCUUGUCGAUAUAAAAAACCUCGACGAUCAUGUCAAACAAAAUCUCUGGUCUUACCUUUUCAGACACAUCUCCAAAGGUGAUUCAGGAUGGGGUGUAUCGGCGGAACGUACAGAUGAUUGGAAGAGUGUCAGGGUUAAUUGCUGGGGCGGAUUGGUUAAAGAAAUAUACACUCUAUUGUUUAUUGCUAGUGAAUCGAAGAUGCAAGUUGGGGAUGCAUGUUGGAAAGACGGUGGCGGAGAGACUGUGAUUUCCUGUUAG